AACAAGGCCUCUUUGCAACACCAUUUAUUCAUGUUACCCACUGUUCAGUUCACUUUUAAACAGGUUGAUAGCACCUCUUCUCAUGUUCAUUUGAACCGCAAGUUUUGUGCUGUUUCACAACUUGUCUGAGCAACUUCCUCGUGGUCAUGCAGCCGGUGAUCCGCCCUUACCGUCCCUCUGACAAGGACACAGUGCGCGCCUUGUUCACCUUCAGCGCCCAUGACCAAUUUCGUUUAUCUUUUAAUAAAGCAAUAACCAGCCCUCUUUACCUCGCCAUCACCCUGGCUCUGUGUGUUGCUGGCUACCUGCUCGGCUCUGUGUUAGGGGCUGUGGUGUUACCAGGGGCCUGGGUGGGCCUGGUCUACUCUUGCUGUCAUGAGACAUAUGUCUACUACCUCAGGGAGAGUCUCCGGACGGACAUGCAGGACAUCGCUGGGAACUAUAUGAGGACGGCAGAUGAAUGUUUCUGGGUGGCGGAGGCUGAGGUUGAAGGGAGAGCUCAGAUCGUGGGUAUGGUGGCUGUAAUGGCCAAACAAAGUGGGAAAGAAAGAUAUGGAGAACUGUUCAGAAUGGUCAUCUCACCUUCCUGCAGACGAAUGGGCCUGGGCUCCAAGUUGGCUAAGACUGUGAUCAACUUCUGUAAGGAACGAGGCUUCUCCAAGGUGGUGCUGGAUACCACCUCUCCACUCGCUCCUGCUGUGGCCUUGUACAAGAAACUGGGGUUCAGUCACGUCAAUUCACACACAGAAACAGUAGCCCCUGUUUGGGUUGUAAAGCUGUCCAGGGUGACACUUUUAUAUAUGGAGAAACACCUGUAGUUUUGAAAUGAUCCUGAUGAUCCUGUGUAUCCAUGCUUUAAGCUUUUGCAUCAAUAAUAUUUAUCUGAAACCAUUAUCGGUAAGCUAUGCUGCAUAAACAUGUACAAUCAAUACACUUUUUAAAAAGAUGGUCACUUUGAUUUUAGGUAGUACUAGUCAGCCUGAUGUCUUCCUUUAUCUCAUAAGAUUGGGUUUUGUGAUUUUUAUACUAUGGAGGUGUGACAUCAUGGUUACCAGCUGUGACUGACUCACAAUAGUGUAUGGAUGAGAUGUUGGACCGUGGCUCCAACUCCCACUCACUACAGCGCAAACUGCAGCUCCAAAUUAUUUCACCAGUGCAAGAUGGCAACAUCUAUAUCUAGGCUUUUGGUGAUAUAAUGUAAUGUAUAUAUGUAAUAAAGUGAAUUCUGAUUCAGGCUCCACUGAAGUCAACAGGUGAUUUGAAUAAAAUGUAAUCUAUAUACAAAACAUUAUAUCCACAUGCUAUACAUAUCUAUUUCCAUUUUCACAACCUCUAUUUACAGCUUCUCUUGUCCUCGUCGGUCUCCUCUGUGUAAACGGUUCAGUCCAGGUUUCACUGAAUUGUGACUGUUGGUCUCAACCGAAUCAUUCAUGGCUUCCCAGUGUGGCUGAGGAGUGCAGAAUUUAAUGUGUUAUUUUUUUGGCAGGAUCUGGUUAUUAUUAAUUUUUAAUUUGAGAUGGUAUGUCUAUGUAAAAUACAGUGAUUCUAGUUAAAUAUCACUCUUUUAAAUUCAAAUAUGGUUCUUUUUUCUGGAAUCCUUGUCACAAAUGUUUCGUUCCAUGACUGUUAAAACAUUUAAAAUAUGACAACAAUUUAUGUUUCAGUUUCCACUUACAAUAAAUGAAUCAAUUACUUUUAAAUGUGCCUUUCAAACCCACUGGCUGGCUCAGAUGGGGUAAUCUCUGUUUGUUUGCCCUCUGAGGCUGUUGACUGCCUUGUGUUUAAAUUGUUAGUUACUGGAUGAAUGAUGACGUCCUCUGUAUUUGUGUCUGAUAUCAAAAAAGUGAUUGUGCAACUCCUCGACAAGGACCAGUUUCACAAGUUGUUUGUGUAACGCAUGUUAAAAUAUUAUGUUGUGAUGUAACUUGGAGACAAUAAGUUACUCUUAAUAUGUUUUUAAAUGUGUUUUGUAUUAAAUUAAACUGGAGGGGUGGACAUAAGAUAGCUUACUGCAACUCUGAAGGCAUUUAUAGCUUCUCCUUUGUUAAAAAUCUAGUAGCUUGACUGGGCCUUAUCUAACACUACCGCAGCCAAACAAAGUGGGAAAGACAGAUAUGAGGAACUGCUCAGAAUGAUCAUCUCACUUUUGUGCAGACGAGUGA